AUGACUGACCUAGAACACCAUGUUGCAUCCGACCAUGCCUCGACUGAACCAAUCAAGGAACCCAUCAAAUGGUACCGCACGCCCUUUUACAACGCUACAGUCCUUGGCUUUUGCAGUCUCGUAGCCCCUGGGCUAUGGGGCGCCAUGAACUCGUUGGGCGCCGGUGGCGCACAAGAACCGUACCUGGUCAACACUGCCAACGCCCUGACCUUCUGCCUAAUGGUCGUUUCCUGCUGGCUCACAUCUUCGCUUGUCAAGUACAUUGGGAUCAAAGGCGCGCUUGUCGCAGGAACCAUUGGCUUCGCACCCUACAGCGCAGGUCUGUACACAAAUAACCGCUUCGGCACAGAGUGGCUUGUCAUUCUCGGCGCCGCGCUGUGCGGCAUCUCAGCUGGCAUCUUCUGGGCGAGCGAAGCGGCAAUUGCGAUUUCGUUCCCGGAACCUAGGAAUCGAGGACGAAUGAUUGCGUACUGGAUUACUUGGACCUGCAUGGGACGCAUCCUUGGUGGAGCCAUCAACCUGGGUCUGAACCACGAGCAGGACAGGGCUGGAAAGGUUGGAUACACCGUGUAUCUGAUCUUCAUUGCGCUGCAAUGCCUCGCUCCUUUUGUCGCGCUACUUCUGAACAAGCCGGAGAGGGUGCAGCGCUCGGACGGUGUGCCGGUGAAGCUGCAGAUCUACGAUAGCCCGUGGCAGGAGAUCAAGGCGACGACGAAGACGUUCCUGAAUAAGGAGUUCCUUCUCCUGGUCUUCUGGAUUGGGCAAGGCGUGUACAGCGAAGCUGUGUACUACACCUACAUCGCCCUUUGGUUCAGCGUGCGCGCUCGCUCUCUCGGCUCCUUCUUGUCCGGCGUCGUUGCCAUCGUGGUUACUAACCUGCUCGGCGCGUGGCUCGACACACACAGUGUAGCGCUGAAGAAGCGAGCGCGGUGGGCUUUUGCAGUCAUCAUGGCUACGCAGGGCGCAUGGUGGGUUUGGCUCACCAUCAACGUUACACGAUUUUCACAAUCUGCUACGCUAUACGACUGGGCAGACGAAGGAUUUGGUCGUGCGUUCGCACCUUUCAUCUUCCUCGUCGCAGGUUUUCAGCUGAACUACAACUUCGCCUUCUUCCUAAUUGGCCGGAUCUCCGAGAGCCCACAGGAAACGAUCCGUCUUGCUGCGCUCCUGCGUGGAACGGAGUCAGCCUGGCAGGCGCUCAGUUACGGACUGAAUGCGAUUCCGAUAAUCGCCUCUGUAGGAGGAACGUACAUCAACUUUGGCAUCUGGGCACUGGCGCUGAUUCCUGCAUGGCUAGUGGUCAGGACCAUUGGUGUUAGCAAGUACAAUGACGAGGCUGACUUUGGGGUCGUCGAGAGGAGCAACGAAACCAUCGGCGGAAAGGGCAGUUCGUGA